AUGAGAAACCUUUUCCAUAUUACCAUUUGUUUAGUUACACUUAAUUUAUUUAUAUUGGAAAUAAAUGCAAAAACCAAUACAAGUGAGAAUAGAAAUAAACGAAUCGGGGGUCCUAAAUUAAGGGGUAAUGUUACAAGUAAUAUAAAGUUCCCAUCAGAUAACAAAGGUAAAAUUAUAAGAGGUUCGAAUGAUAAACUUAAUAAAAACUCUGAAGAUGUUUUAGAACAAAGCGAAAAAUCGCUUGUUUCAGAAAAUGUUCCUAGUGGAUUAGAUAUAGAUGAUAUCCCUAAAGAAUCUAUUUUUAUUCAAGAAGAUCAAGAAGGUCAAACUCAUUCUGAAUUAAAUCCUGAAACAUCAGAACAUAGUAAAGAUUUAAAUAAUAAUGAUUCAAAAAAUGAAUCUAGUGAUAUUAUUUCAGUAAAUAAUAAAUCAAAUAAAGUACAAAAUCAUUUUGAAUCAUUAUCAGAUUUAGAAUUACUUGAAAAUUCCUCACAAGAUAAUUUAGACAAAGAUACAAUUUCAACAGAACCUUUUCCUAAUCAAAAACAUAAAGACUUACAACAAGAUUUAAAUGAUGAACCUUUAGAACCCUUUCCUACACAAAUACAUAAAGAUUAUAAAGAAAAAAAUUUAAUAAAUGAAGAAGAUUCAGAACCAUUUCCCAGACAAAAGCAUAAAAAGGUAGACAAUCAUAAUGAAGAAAAAAACGUAUUUCAUGAAAAUGGUUCUGCAAAUGGUAAUCAAGGAAGUUUGAAACUUAAAUCAUUCGAUGAACAUUUAAAAGAUGAAAAAAUAGAAAAUGAACCACUUGUUCAUGAAAAUUUAUCCAUACCAAAUGAUCCAAUAGAACAAAUAUUAAAUCAACCUGAACAAGAAACAAAUAUCCAGGAACAAUUGUAUAAUGAAAAACAAAAUGUUGAAGAAAAACAAAAUUCUCAAAUACCUUCGUUAGAUUUAAAAGAACCAACAAAUGAAGAUAUUUUACCAAAUCAUAAUCCAUUAGAAAAUAUAAAACAAAGUGAAUCAGAAAUAAAUCAUGUACAAGAUCAUGCGCUACCAAAAGAGAAUAUAAUAGACAAACUUGAUAAUCAAAAAGAACACAUCGAUCAAUCACAACAUAAUAUAAAUGUAUUACAAGAAAAUAACAUAAACAAUCACCAAUUAGAACCUCAAGAGAAACCUAAUAUUGAAUCGUUUGAACCUAAAAAUAUAGAUUCAGAAAUUAUUCUUCCUGAAAAUGUUGAAACAGAAGAAAUAAUAGAUGAUGUGCCUUCCCCUAAACAUUCUAACCAUGAAACAUUUGAAGAAGAAACAAGUGAAUCUGAACAUGAAGAAGCCGUAUCUGAAAAAAAUGCCCACGAAACUGUCGAACAUGAAGAAACUGUGUCUCAAGAAAGCAAUCCUGAAAAAGCUGAUAAUGAUGGAAAUGUAUCUCAAAACAGCAACAACGAAUUAAAUGAAAAUGAAUUCGUUGAAUCGGAAAAAAGCGAGCAUGAACCAGCUGAAAAUGAAGAAAGUAGUCUUGAAGAAGGUCAUCAUGAAGAAAUUGUACCUGAACAAAAUAAUGAAGAAUCAGGUGAAAGUAAAUUAGUUGAUAAUGAUGAAGGUGGUUUUGAAGAAGCUCAUCAUGAAAAUUUUUCAUCUGAAGUAAGUAACUCUGAAUUAAAUGAAAAUGAAUUUGUUGAAUCUGACAAAAGUGUAACUGAACCUGCUGAACAUGAAGAAGUUGUAUCUGAAGAAAGCAACCCUGAACCAGCUGAAAAUGAAGAAAGUAGUAUAGAAGAAGCUCAUCAGGAAGAAAUUGUACCUGAACAAAAUGAUGAAGAAUCAGGUGAAAGUGGAUUAGUUGAUAAUGAAGAAGGUGAUUUUGAAGAACCUAAUCAUGAAGAAUUUGAACCUGAUCAAAAUGACUCUGAAUUAAGUGAAAAUGAAUUAGUUGAAUCAGAAAAAAGUGUAUCUGAACCAGCUGAACAUGUAGAAAUUGUAUCAGAAAAAAGUGUAUCUGAACCAGCUGAACACGUAGAAAUUGUAUCUGAAAAAAGUACAUCCGAACCAGCUGAACAUGUAGAAAGUGUAUCUGAACAAAGUAAUAACGAACCAUCCGAAAAGAAAGAUGGACCAGUUCCUUCAAAACCAUUUGAAGAAAUUGAAAAAGUGGAUGUUCAACCUAAAAUUGUAGACCUUCAAAUAAUUGAACCUAAUUUUGUUGACUCACAACCAAAUCCACAAGAACCAGUUGAACCAUCAUUUGUCAAAAUUGAAAAAGUUCCUUCUGAAGAAAAUAAACAUGCAAGUGUUGAUCCUGAAGUAAAAGAAAAAGAAAAUGUAUCUGAAGUUGUUGAAGAAAAACAAAAUUCACAAGAAUCAGUUGAAGAAAUUCCAGUAAAUGAGGAUGAAUUUGAAGAUGUUCACACUGAACAAUUAGAUUUAGAUCAUAAAACAGUUGAUCCAGAAAUAGUAGAAGUUGAAGAAAUUCCUUCAGAACUACAUGAAAAUGAAGUGGCUCAUCCAGAAAUUGUUGAAAUUGAGGAAGUUUUUCCUGAACCAAAUCAAAAUAACGAAUUUCAAGAAAUUAAUGAAGAUGAUAAAAGUGCACAUAUUCAGCAUGAAAUAGUAGAAGUAGAAGAAAUACUUCCAGAAGAUGAUAAAAAUGAAAAAGUUGAACAUGAAAUAGUAGAAGUUGAAGAAAUUCUACCAGAAGAUAAAAAUGAAAAAGUUCAACAUGAAAUAGUAGAGGUUGAAGAAAUUCUACCAGAAGAUAAAAAUGAAAAAGUUGAACAUGAAAUAGUAGAAGUUGAAGAAAUUCUACCAGAAGAUAAAAAUGAAAAAGGUCAACAUGAAAUAGUAGAGGUUGAAGAAAUUCUACCAGAAGAUAAAAAUGAAAAAGUUCAACAUGAAAUAGUAGAAGUUGAAGAAAUUCUACCAGAAGAUAAAAAUGAAAAAGGUCAACAUGAAAUAGUAGAGGUUGAAGAAAUUCUACCAGAAGAUAAAAAUGAAAAAGUUGAACAUGAAAUAGUAGAAGUUGAAGAAAUUCUACCAGAAGAUAAAAAUGAAAAAGGUCAACAUGAAAUAGUAGAGGUUGAAGAAAUUCUACCAGAAGAUGAUAAAAAUGAAAAAGGUCAACAUGAAAUAGUAGAGGUUGAAGAAAUUCUUCCAGAAAUUGUUGAAAUUGAAGAAGUACCAUCACAAACAAAUAACAAUGAAAAUAUUGAAACUAUAAAACCAGAAGAAAAAAAGAAUGAAUUUAGUGUUGUUGAAGAAAAAGCAAUUCCACAAGAACCCGUGGUACCUACAUUAAAUGAAAAUGAAAACGUUACUCCCAAACCAUCUGAAGGUGAAUCCACUAAACCAGAUAUAGUUCAAAUUAAAAUAGUACAAGAAAAUAAACCAAAUAAAAAGGAAACACCAGUAGUAGAUGGUCCAAAACAUGUAGAACAAAAUAUACAAGAAGAUGAUAAUGAUGAAGAGGAUGAUGAUGAUAUAGAUUUUGAAGGAUUAUCAAGAAAAGAUGAUGAAAAGGAUUCAUCAAAUAAAAAUAAAAAGAAAUCAUCUUUUAUAACAUAUAUAUCUACAAAGAAAUUUAAAAAAGUAUCUCAAACUAUUGUAAGUGUUAUGAUUAAUGCAUAUGAUGGUGUUAUUCAAGUUGUAAGUACAAUUAAAGGAAUAGCAAAGGAUAUAGUAAUAUUUUUCCAAAACAUUUAA